UUAUAACAUUGGUACUGUUAUUAGCGGUUAUGUAGGUCAAGAUACAGUCAUUCUCGGCGGUAUUUCAGUUAAGAACAUAACCUUUGGAUUAGCAUUAGUUGAUGCUUUUAAUACUAUAUAUGAAGAAGAUGGUAUUCUUGGUCUUUCUCGUCAAAUUGGAGAAGUUACAAAUCCUGGGUUGAUUCAAGCAAUGAAUGCAAAAAACUUGUUGAAAUAUACUAUAAUCGGAUUUCAUCUUGGAAGACAUAAAUUAAAGACUACUGAUAAAAGUUUCAUGAAUCUCGGAGGCAUCGACGUAAAUGCUUAUAUUGGAAAUAUUAUAUAUAACAAUAUUAUUAAUCAGACACAAUUUCCGGGGACUUGGAUGAUAUUAUUGAGUGAUGCUCAAGUUGACGGUAUUUCAAUUGGAGGAAUUAAUUUACCUGCUUUGAUCGAUACUGGCUCCCCACCUAUCAUUGGUAAGCUUGCUCAA